AUGAGCUCACCGACAAUACUUUACGACGACCCAUCAAAAUAUUGCGCUAGGUACCGACCCGACACGCACUCCAACUUCAUCGCCAUAUCGAAUCUAGCUCCUGCGUUGGAUCAGCCGUCAAAGGCACUAAUAUCUUUCAUCGAACCAGCAGAUGCGGCCUAUCAGGCCGAGACUCUCAACGGCGCAAUAGCCGACGGACGUCGGAUCUCCAUCGUAAUCAUCAAGGAAGCCAAACUAGGGGGGCUAGCCCUUCUCCGUAGAAUAACCUGA